CUGUAUCUCUCCUUCGGUUUACACACAGCAGUAUAAAAGCAAACUUUUCUUGGGCUGUUGCUUCAGAUUAUCUUUUGCAAAACCGAGCAAAACCCAUGAAAGACAAAAGUGACUGAAAUACAGAGCGCUCUCAAGGACACGUCGCGUGCUCGACCGCUUUGAGGCUUGCUUCCUUCCAUUUUCAAUUCAAACGGCAGGAGUUACAUGUUCCUUGGGAACGAGAUGAACAUUGGGUCUCAACCACCGGUCAGCCUGUCGGCUUUAGGAUCUGUAGCAGCCGCUUACUUCAGCGCCGGGGCCGCCGCGGGCGCAGUAGGCAAUGCUCCAAGCCCACCGUCGAGGUUCACCAUCGACAACAUCCUCGCACCGAGGCCUUACGCGCUCCACCACCCGUCCACAAGGCACAGCCCGUAUUUUCCAGUGGCACCCCAUCCGCACUUCCCCAUGUUACCUCAUGAGUAUUAUUUGGCCUACGCUCCCUUCCCCGGCUACCCACAUCUCGACCUGAUUGCCCGCAAUCAGAAGCGGAAGCGACGCCACCGCACCAUCUUCACGGAAGAGCAACUGGAGCAGUUGGAAGCCACCUUCGAGAAGACACAUUACCCUGACGUCAUGCUGCGGGAGGAGCUCGCCAUGAAGGUGGAUCUCAAGGAGGAGAGAGUUGAGGUAUGGUUCAAGAACAGGAGGGCAAAAUGGCGCAAACAGAAACGCGAACAGCAAGAAGUGGCAAAACGUGCCGCCGCUAAUGCCGCUAGUAGGCUGACCGCGGUCGGUGAUGAUGCCACUGGUGGACGGCUGAAGAAAACCACCGACGAGAGCGAAGAGAACUCGGCCCCUGGAUUUGACGAGGAAGGCCUCUCCGAUGACGAACGGAACAACAAUAAUGACGCCCCGGGCUCUUCGCCUCCGCUCAAGCCGUCUGUCAGAGGCGGGGAGAUGUCCACGGGGGCCUUCUUGCCAUUCGGUGGGAUCGGACGUGAGCUCGACGCUACCACCAUGUACGCCCUGCCCACAGUGCAACUCCAAAAUGCUGACAAGGUGAAACCAAAAUAAGGCUAAAUGUGGCAAUUCUGGGCCUGUUUCUCUGAUGCAUGUUCUUCAGGCGAAGUACCACCGUAAUUUGCAUAACGGUAAAUUCAUAAUUGCAAUUUCUUGUUUACUUUAUAUGAAGCUACAAGCAAUUUUCGGUGUAUUAUGUCACGCGCGCGCUGAGCACAUUUUUAAUUUCACCAUAGCACCAGCUAUGUUAAAGAUGAUAUUAAAGACAAAUACUAUUGUGCUAGUUCUGCAUGCAGACGCGGAUAUACCCCGGAUUUUGUCCAAAGAGAGUUGGGAGUUGUGUAAAAAAAGUCAACUUCCGUCCAUACGAAAUGUUCCCCAAAAAAGUAUCACUUAUAUUCAUUUUGAUUACUUUAAAAAAAAGGAAAACCGAAGGUAAAAAUCAUUGCUGGGCUACCAUUUAACAUUCUCUGAAAUAGUUUUCUGGAACAUUAUUAUUUUAGAAUGGUGAAAUAUGCAAACACGACAAAACAACCAACCAACUAGGUCUUUACACUUCACCACAAAGUCUUCGGGGGGUAUGGUAGUUGUACGAGACGUGCGAAUGUUAAGCCUGAAGUAAACUGUAGUCCUGCGUUUUGCUGUCAUUUAUUUAUUUGUGCAUUUAUGUUCGACAAAGUACUUUUACUGUGAUGAUUAUCUCUUUCUUGGCAUUCGAUAAAUAAGAAUGCAUCCCAAUUGUAAAUAGCCUUCUCAUAUUGUAUAUUGCUGAAAUGUACAGAGCAUGUAUAUUAAAUUAUAUAUAAAAGGUACACAUUUUUAAAUAUUAUUUUUGGAUUAUUUGUCCGAGGUUCAGACGGUUGUCGGUUGAUACAAGCAGAGAGGCAUCAAAAUGAGUCAUUGUUGUCAUGCCAGAUAUCUUUUUUGUCUUUAAUCACAGGGAUUCAUUCCAAAGGAUUAUGUUUGCAUCCCCCACCCAAACAGAUUUGCAGAGGGUGAGAGGAGUAUAUUAUUACGGUACUGCAGAUUCGGACCCGUGAACACUGUCUAUGCAACCUUGAUUGGUACCUUGAGUCCCUAUCACUCCAUGUUUCACUGUAUACCGUGGCUUUUGAAAGGAAAAAUAUCAAACUUGAAUUUACUGUCAUUCUGGCUUAAUGUGAACAGUAUACAUGGUCAAUGAAAUUAGCAUUGAUACGGUGAAAGCACUGUGUUCUGACCUGACAUGCAGUAAACCUUAUACAUGCAAGAAUUUCCUCCGAUGCAAUGUGCAGUGUACAGGCCUUCGUUUUCUGUGGUAUAACUAUUAGUAUGCAUGGAGCUCUGAGCGCACCUACAUACGAUCGAGUAUUGCACUUGACAAUCAUAUGCAGAUAGUAGACAAACCAGAUUCAGUGAUAUUAAUAAGGAGUACAAAGUGCUGAAAUGAUCCUUGUUUACAUGUUUACAUAAAUAUUAUAUAAAAGAAUUUGGCUUUGCAGCUCGUAAUAAAACAUUUCCGCUUGAUACAAAAAGUAAGAUCGGAAUUUUCUUUUAUUUUGUCUUGAAGAGAAAACCUGACAAUAAACCGAAAUUCCGUAGACGGUUCUCUUGACAUAGUAGCCCUGCAAAUGGUUACACGUAGCCAAGUGUAUAGGCUGGCCCGUGGAUUACUCCCUGGAGUAGACAGUGGUGCUUACUUUUCACAGAUCUAAAUGUACUUUGAUGUCUGCCAAUUCCCCCCCACAACAACAAAAUCAGAAAAGAAACAAACAACAGGCAAAAGAUUAUCUUUUGAAACGGAGUGUAGGUGACUCAUGAUGCAUCGCUUCAAUCUUAAGAUGUCCCGUCAGCUUUAGCCAAGUCGCACACCGUGGACAUGGACCGUAUG